GAAUAUUUCUCUUUUACUGAUGUUUCAGGAAGCAAAAUUCGAAUUAUAGUUGGAUCAUCAGUUAACGUCGAGUCUUCUAUAAAUAAACGCCGAAAGAAGUGGAAUACUUACAUUGCCUCCGAUGGCUACUCCGUGGAACUGCCACCUCAAAUCACUGAUCUCCUUUGCAGCGAUGAAUACGUACCCGAAGCACGUGCCAAGUUCGCAAAUACCUUACGAGACCUUAAAGCUGGUGAUUUAAUUGAAAUGCCAAACCUUGGUCAGACGCCAAAAUACUUUGCACAAUGCUACCAGGGAAAGAAAUUUCUCGUUAUAAAUCAGAUUAUUGAAUUAUGGGAAACAUUCUCAAAAGAUCAACCACAUUCAAUAAAACGUGUUUUAUCAGGUCCAAAGGGAAUGGCUAAACUGGACUUAAAUACGGAUGAAGAGUCAUCAAAGGUGAUAGCUAAGUAUUUUUUGGCAAUAAAUAAAGACCUUUUAACUGCCGCUGAACUCGGAAAACUGGUAGAGGCAAUUAGAACAGAUGAUUUUGCAGUGCCUUUUGUCGAAGCCAUCUGGAACAUGCUCCAGCAGAAAUAUCGUAAAACCUUUUUUUUAGCCGAUGAACAUGGCGCAUUAUUUAGCAAUGAACCUGUACCUGCUCGGCUUCAUAUCUUGAAACCCAUGAUGAGACUUACAUACUGGAGUGAACAUAGUCUAGGAGCUCGCGUGGUCUUAACUGGUAUAGCGCACGCGAAGUUUGAGAAAAAAUACCUGAUAAAUGGUAUAUAUGAAUGGAUUGAAUUUGUCGGUCCGUUACCAGAAGAUAUUUUUGAUAGUCUGCUGAUACUUCACCCCUUCCUGGGACAUGAAAAAAUUGUGUCGAAGGUGAAGGAAGUUACUAAUUGCAUUCCGCGCGAGCUCAUAUAUCUAGAUAAACAUGUAAAGAGCUUAAACAGCAACUAUAUUCCCGAUGGCAAAGAUGUGAGUGUACCGUCUCUUAAAGAUGGACAACUUUGUUGCGACAAUUUCGAGGAAAUACUUUUCCAGCAGAUGUUAAACCAUCGUAAUGUACUAUUCAAGGCGACAAACCUGGCCGGAAACCCAACUACAGAUGUACAUAUUCAAUUCGAACAUUUCAUUGCUCUUGAAAAAGACCAGCUCGCACCAGGUCCACAGCAUGCCACGUCUUUAGUUCUCGGUUUCGCACGUUAUCCGCGGUUCGAUUUCAUGAUUGGACACACAUUCAUCCAAGUGUCU